AACAGUUUAAAAUUAACACCCUGAAAGAUAUUAUUAAAAAUGUUAUCAUAAAAUUGACACAAACUUAAUUAUCCUUAUUAAUUUAUAUACAAAAUAAUAAUUUUAUAUAAAGUUAUAAAAGUUUAAAUAUUAGUACAAAUAUUUCUAAAAACUUUUCUUCAGCAGUGAUAAUUUGCACAUUAUACAUCUUUACUGGCUAUCGUAAUGAAAAUUUCAACUACUUUAUUUUUGGGUUUACUGUUCACUGCAGCAGUGGUAAGCUCUUUUUCAUUUGAUGAUGAUUUCGAAAAAUAUCUUGACGAGUGUAACUCAAAUGAUGCUACAAGAAUUGACCGUGACGCCUUGGACAAAGCCAAAAGACAAGAAAAAUUUAACCCAGAUCAGUUGUCUGCCUAUCUUAACUGUAUUUUUACAAAAUUCGGAAUUCAGGAUGAAAAUGGAGAUUAUAAGAAGCAAAGAUUAAAUGAUUUUAUUAAACAUGUAGUCAGCGAUCAAGGAAAUGUUGAAACAAUUAUCACCAAUUGUGGAACGAGACCUGAGGGUACCACUGCAAAGAUUGCAGCCUUACAUUUGCUUGUUUGCAUCAGGAAAUAUGAUAAAUUACGUGUUCGCUAAUACAACUAAUAAGCAAACUUAGUUUGUAAUUUUUUUAAAUUGUAACAAAAAUUUAAUAUAAUAUUGAUAAUUUUA